AUGCACCAAACGGUGGUCGCAGCCCUGGCGAACAGAGGCCCUCACACCGCAGUGACUGCGCCUUCGCCUUCGCCUUCGCCAUCGUCCGUUGACGGCAAACUGAUUGUCGACAUCCAGAACCAUCCAAUCUCUUUCACUACCGACCCGACGCCAGCUCAACUUCCUUACAUCAAGGCCUACAUUAACGCAAACCCAGUCAUCUUCAAAGCCCGCGUCCAUGACUCCAAGAUCCUGGAACAUCCACCAAAGCUUGUCCAGCAUUUUACGUUUCUCGUCAAUAUUCUUAUCAACAGGGGAGACAAGAUUUCCAAUGAGCUAAACACCCAUAUUCUUACCAGCUCUCCUUCACUUCACUGGGCCGCGGAGAUCUAUCAUUACGUCUUACCAGUAGUCGUCACCUGGCUUGAGUCCGGAGAAACUCCACAGAACCUGCACGCCAUUGAAGUCCAAGAACUUUCUGCCUCAUUCAGCGUCUACCUUUGCCUAGCUGGUGAUGACUUUUACGGCGGAUCAGGGACCCGCCUGGGUUCUUCUCCUUCAAGUUCGGGAGGUCUUGCACGCCAAAACGACCGGAACACUUCUCGCAACUCGACUAACACUCUGUUGGCGAUCAUCAAGGAGGCGAAGAAGCAAGAUAAGCCUGUUCAGUGGGCUCAAGCCUCCAAGUUGGAGAUCUUGGUUCCCAAGAUCGUGGAUGGUGUUCACAAGAUGGUACCAAUAACAGAGUUGGACGACGUCCAAGAACUCCUUCACUUCCGCGUCCUGACGAUCCUGGCUGAGGUACUCCUUACAAUGUGCACCUCCGGACACAAGGCAGACUACUGGAAUUUUCCGAUAUGGUCCACGAAUCCGUCUUGGAAAGGAGCCUGCAGCAGACCGGCAUGGGCUGAGACCAUCACUGGAGUUUCAACUCCUGAACUACGAAAUGCCAAAAGACUUGUCGAGAAUCUAAGUCCGGAACAACAUGAGAAGAACAAGGCUAGAGCCCGUGUCGAGAAUCUCAGUACGGAGCAACACGAAAGGAAGAAGGCCUCACAACGUGUCGAAAAUCUGAGCACUGAGGUCUACGACAGGAAGAAAGCUAGAGAUCGUGUCGAGAAUAUGAGUACGGAGCAACACGACAGGAAGAAAGCUGGAAAUCGUGUCGAGAAUCUGAGUACGGAGCAACAUGACAAGGUGAAGGAUAGGCGUCGUAUCAACAAUCUGAGUACGGAGCAACACGAAAAGAAGAAUGCCUCACAACGUGUUGAGAAUAUGAGAACGGAGCAACAUGACAAGGUGAAGGAUAGGCAUCGCAUUGACAAUCUGAGUAUGGAGCAACAUGAAAAGAAGAAUGCCUCACAACGUGUUGAGAAUAUGAGUACAGAGCAACACGAGAGGCUGAAAGCUAGGCGUCGUGAGAGGUAUGCGCGGAAGAAAGCAGCACGCCUCGCUGCUCAAACAAAGCCGUUGGGAGAAUUGUCGGCUUCGGAGAUCAACACCAAGAAGUCUACUACCUAG